AUGAAUAAGAAUUUAACGAUGGUAAAUACCUCGUUUGCGUAGAUUUAAGAAUUCUGUAUAAGACAUUCUUCAAAUAGUACUACUUUGUCCAAUGUUAAUAUAUAAAUUGAAAAUUCUUGCAGGUAAUUCGUAAUGAAACGAAUUUAAACUGGUCAGAUUUAAUAUAAGUCAUAAACAAGUAAAUGGAUUCUAGUAAAUCGUAAUGUCUUGUUUGUAUUAUGGAUGAAUUAAUGAAUUUGCUUUGCUCAAUGAGAAUUUAAUAUUUUGCAUUAAUAAUUGCACGUACGAUGAAAUAGAAAAUAAAACGUGCCGAGUGAGAAGAAUAGCAAACGUGUAAGUGAUAAAUAUUACGAUAAAUAAUACAAUAUAAUAAACAAUAUAUUAAUAUAACAAAUUUUUUAUUUAAUUAUUUUCUAUUUGUAAUGCUAAGUAAGUAAUAAUUAAUUAAAUAGCAAAUUGUAUACAACAUUUUAGUUGGAUAAUUUUCGUUUUUCCAUAGUUGAUAAUAGAGACAACGUUAAGUAAAUACAACAUAAUAUACAUGUAUAUAUUUUCAUUAAUUUACAAUUAUUACAGAAUGUUUUAUGUAUCCAUAUACGUACAUAGAAUAAUCCCAACUUCAAAAUGUUGGAAAUUAUAUUGUACUAUAAAAAGAUGCGUGUGUUUGUAGCAUUAUACGUCGAAGAAAAUAAAAAUCGAAAUAAAUUAAUAUUAAAUCAACAGACUACAUUUUCAUCUCUGUGCUUAAAAAUUCUGUUAUUAUUACAAAUAUUAUAUUAAUGUAUUAAAUUUUAAAUCUUUCACAUUUAUCAUCUUAUCUAAUGUUGGCUUUAUGUAGUAACAUAAAUUACUCGAUUAUUUGUUGUAAUAAAAGCUCUUCUUUUUACACUACUAAUUCUUAUCCUUAUAUUUUAAUACUAAAUGAGCGGCGACGUCCCUGCUCUUAAAAAUAAUCGGUCGCUAUAGUAUCGAUAGAACGAACUCGUUGGAUGAAAGACAUUUUUUGAUAACAAAUUGAAAAAAGAAUUUACAGAUAUCUUUAAACUACGUUAAGUUAUAAAAUAUUUGUCAUUAUGUUCGUAUCAUGUCAGUUUUAUGAGAAUCCAUUCAUUAUGGAAUUGAAAAAUAAACUACUACUAAUGUUUUUAUAAUUAUAUCUCGAGCUUUUAUUAUUAUUAUUGUUGUUGCUGUUGUUGUUGUUGUUAUUCCAACUGAAUCACUAGUAAAUUCUUGAUUUCUUUCUUCCUUUUCCAAGUAUUACUCAUUAUUUGCAAAAGCAUCGUUCAAUGCAAUUGCAAUGCAGUUACAGUGUUGUAAGAUUGGAGAAGGAAUUGUACCGACCAAAAUCACAUGUAAAGUCUGCAGAGUGCAACGUCUCAAAUGACAAAAGUCCAUUGUUUUUCAACCAGUUUGAAGAGUUAUCCCUCUGCGAGCGGGGGUGUGACCCAACCGUACUUGAACAAGAUACGAUAGAUGGACACGGUAAACAAGAUAUGCACCUGCGUUGGAUUACUAGCAGACUUUUUCGAGACAGACUUAAAGAAACAAUUUCCAUGAUUAGAGUUGCUAGCACCGGGGUUAUCAGACAACGGGGAGGCAUCGGUCGGAGUAACCGCAUCCGGACGAUGAUGUCUACUUAGAAGCCUUCUCGAGGGAGAGCUGGUCGAACUGCCAGCUCCAUCUUGUUCCGAUAUCUUCUCCGACGAUCGAAAGAAUUUCCGAAAGGCAGCUACCACCUUCUCCUUCGACCUCGUAGACAUGGUUCCCCCAGCUUUCUCAACACGCUGUUCGUUAAAAAUUUUCCAUCAAUUUUUAAGUCUCACAGUUUUUACCAAACUUAACAUUUCGGCAAUUACAAUUUCCAACACCGAGUUUUCUUUCGCCGAAUAUUAUAAUUACAGUGUAGUAUAUAUUAAGCGAUGAAAACUUUACGGUUAUACAGUUACGUGAUACUUCGUUAAUUAUAUGCUUUACAUAUUUUGAUCGAUAAGUUAUUGAACUUUUUAACAAAAUAUAUACUUGAGCUAAACGUGAAAGGAUAUGCUUUUUUCUUUAAUCACGUACGUACAAGCUAAUUCAAAUUAACUAAAAUUAUGCACAUAUACACAAGUCUACCAAUUUCUAAUAACAAUUUCUAAUACAAAUUAAACCAAGCUUUUGGCAACAUCUUGAAGAAAAGAGAUAAUCACAUCUUUGCGAUGUGAACGAACAAACGAAUGGAUGUUUCAUCUCUGUUUUAUAUAUAAAUAAUUGUUAUGUUACAUAAAUAAAUAAACGAAUUAUUAGAAUGAUACGAUACCAUUUUUUUAAAACAUCAACUAGCAAAUCUUCGUCUGAUUUUACAAUACACAAGCCUGUCCUCGGUCAACGGCAGAACCACCAACUAUCCAAUAACUUGUAAACGAGAUAUACUGUAUACAAUUCAUUUCGUAACGUCACGCCCCUUUCUCCUUUAAAAAAAAUGCAAACAAGCUUUCCUAAAAUUUCAAUUAAAAUGCGUCUCCUUCGAUCGAAAUGUGUGACACACAGUGAAAGAGAGAGAGAAGAGUAGAACAGAGGGAACGCAAGAGGAAGUUCACCUGUGACAGUGGAAAGUGCGGAAAAAGAAGGUUCUGGUGCGAAGUUCAGCAUCCGCGGCAGUUUGCGUUAACGUGAACACUGUAUCCGCUCAAUUGCACCACUCACCCUUUCCUCCCUUUUCAGGGAUCAGAGGCAAUUACGUGUGGGUGUAGUCGAUCGUUUGCGAAUCAUGUUAAGUCGGCCACCAACACGCCCGCAAUACGCGAAUAAUUCGGAGAAAAAUGCGAUAGAUUUGCUGUUGUUCAAGAGCACGAUGCACGAAGGACACUAUGAUCGCGACAGAACACGGCGCAGUCUCCACCCUUGGUUGAACUGACCGGGCGCGUAGUUCGGAAGGGUUGCUAAUCGCUAACUGUAUUGGCCAGGGCCGUCUUAACCUGUUCAACGUCAACGUCUCAUUACGAUGCGAACAUUCCUAUUUUCCUUCCUUUUUUCCCCUUUCUUUUUCGAAAUUUUAUGAAAAACUUGUAAGUAUUAACGGCACGCCAAUAUUAGUAUUGAGGUACAUACAGAUUAAGUACAUAUAUAUGUUUCAAUAUUUUUGUUGAAAAUUGGCAAAAGUAAUAAUUAAUGACCUGUGAAUCACAAUUUCAUUUGUACGUCAGAAAUAAUGUUAACGAAAAAGAUAUGAAAAAGCAAUUAAAUUACCUUGUAUGUGCAUAUGUUCCCGAGUGUCUUAAUUGCUAUUUGAGGUUACGUUGGCAAAUUUGGUCGCGUUGUCGCAUUGAAAGAAAUUUUAUUUUGUUAUUAUGUUUUCGUUAUUAUUUAUUAAUAUACUGGUAUCUUUCUAUUAUAUGCUAUUACACGUACUAGUAUCUUGUGUGAUUUAAAAAGAUCAUUACUAUUAAUUAUUAAUAGCAAUUAUUAUUUAGUACAAUAACAAUUUAUAUAUAUGUUCGAAAUCGAGUUUGCUGCAGAUAUCCUAAAUAAACUAUCAGAAAAAACAUCAAUGAUUAAUUUUAUCCAAUCACAAAAGAUGUAUUUUUAUUAGCAAUAAGUGUAUUUUAUAGGUUGCAUUUAGGUUAGAUUAGUUUCAAGAAAUGAAGAAUUAAAAUCAAGAUGAAAUUAAUAUUUCUUUUUCAAGAUUCCCUGUUAACAUUGAAUGAAUAUAACGUGAUAUUGCCAGAUGUUAUAGGUUGCGCAGGGAUAGAUUGUAACUGGGCAACCUUUUAG